UUAUCUACAUUCAAAAUGAAUAAUUCAACUAUUAUGGAUAGCUCACAACGGAUUUUAGAAAGGGGUCUGAAACUAUAGAAAAAUUAAAACUUUGCUUGGGUUAUUAUUGUCAAUCGAAACAAAAUUAAAAAUCUAUAUUUAUUUACAAUCAAUUCAGUUAAAAUAGCAGAGAAAACUUAAAAAAGUCAUAAUGAGCUCAAUGUCAAAUUUAGAAAACCACAAUCCACAAGUCAUAAGACAAGUAUCUAAGGAAGUGAAAACUCUUACAACAGAGCAGCUUGAAGGAAUCCAAAUUAUGGUAAAUGAAUCAAAUCUUACAGAUAUUCAAGCAGUUAUUGAAGGUCCAGCUGGGACACCUUACGCUGGAGGUCAAUUUCGUGUUCAACUUACGUUACCUAAAGAUUUCCCAGCCAAUCCUCCCAAAGCAUAUUUCCUUACAAAAAUUUUUCACCCAAAUGUUGCUGCAAGUGGCGAAAUUUGUGUCAAUACAUUGAAAAAAGACUGGAAAAGUGACUUGGGAAUUAAACAUAUUCUUCUGACAAUAAAAUGCCUCUUGAUCGUUCCCAAUGCUGAGUCUGCACUUAAUGAAGAAGCAGGAAAAUUACUUUUAGAGCAUUAUGAUGACUAUUCACAACGUGCAAAACUUAUGACAGAUAUUCACGCCAGACCUAGCUGCAGUAAAGCUGAUUCUGAUGAUGAAGGCUGCAGUUCAAGUAAAAAGAUCGCAUCCGAUAAUAAAAUUCAGGAUAAAAAGAAGGAAAAACUUAUGAAAGAAAAAAGAAAAAUUCUUAGACGUCUUUGAGGGAAAAUCAACUUAUAAUUGGUACAAAAAUCACACGAUCUUAAGAUCUCCAUAAUAUGAAAGUAAACUCUCUUUUUUUUCAAAACAUUUUUUAUUCUUUAAGUGAAACGCAGCUUUGAGGAUUUUGAAAAAAAAUGUUGUCCCCUAAAAAUUCAAGAGCUUAAAGCUGACGAAAAGCAUGCAAAUAUUUGGUUAAUAAUUCUCAUACUUAAUUUUUAUAAACCGUAUGCUAUAAAAGAACGUCUUGGAAAAUUAAAUUAAUCUUAUCUCUCAAUUUAUCUAAGUUUUUAAACAUCCAUCAAAGGUAUUACUUUGUUUUUCAAUUUUCGAUGGUUUCAAAAUAAUUUUUUUAAUUAGAAUAAUUGUAAAGCUCUUUUCUCACCCGCAUACAAAAAAACUUUGAAAAUUUUCGAUAUCUUGAUUGCCCAUCAAACAAAUCCCACCCACAUAAAAAUGUUCGAGUCUUUUCAAAACAAUUCAAGAAAAAUUAUACUAAAUUAUUGACAUUUAAAUUUGAACUUUCAAUGAUUUGUGGAAAAUAGAAUUUCGAUUUUAAGAUGAUUAUAAUUAAACAUAUAAAUUAAUAAAAAAAUUUGUGAAUCGUGAGUUGAAAUUGAAAG